UAAAUAUUUUCAUAAAGAUUGAAUCUUUCCUAAUAACUCCUAUAUUUAAUACAAAAAAAUUAGAGAAAAUAGUGCUGUUUUUGUACUUGUCCAAGUUUCUUGAUUUCAAAGUAUUUUUACUUUUCUAGUCAGCUUAAAAGCAAAAUCUUGAUAAAUCAUUUUGUGGGGUUUUUGUUUUUUUCUGUUUUCUUGAUUUUUUUGUUAAAGAAGAAAUGUUUGGGAGUGAUUGUUGCUGUUGGGACAGUUUCACUGAUUACAACUAUGAUGAAAUUGAACCACAGAGCUUUACUUUGCCUUCACCAAUUCCACAAUGGCCUCAAGGUAAAGGAUUUGCUCAAGGAAAAAUAUGCCUAGGUGAAAUUGAAGCUGUUCAAAUCACCAAGUUUAAGAAAAUUUGGAGUUGUACUCCAUUGUUUGGCAAAUCAAAAUCAGUUUCAUUCUAUAAACCAGAUGAAAUUCCACAAGGAUUUUCGAUUGUUGGCCACUACUGUCAGCCAGAUAGUGUGAAGAACAUAACAGGCUAUGUUCUUGCUGUCAAAGAUUUGAAGCCGAAAAAAUCACUUCAAGAUUUGACUUCCAAGCUUCCUGCUCUUGCAAAGCCAGUGAACUACACUUUAGUUUAUAACGCAAACGCCCUUUAUAAGGAAGUUGGUUACAUUUGGCUUCCAAAUGCACCAGUUGGUUAUAAAGCAAUGGGCUUUGUGGCUACUGCUGAGCCUAAUGAACCGAAUCUUGAUGAAGUUAAAUGUGUCCGCGCUGAUCUUACAGAGAGUUGUGAGACUUGUGAAGUUGUAUUUAGUGCAAAUUCAUUUUUUGCAAAGAGGCAAUUUCAAGUUUGGAAAACUAGACCUUGCAAGAGGGGCAUGUUAUGUAGAGGGGUUUCAGUCGGGACGUUCUUCUGCAGUACGAGCUUCACUAAAGGCGAUGACCUCACCGUUGCAUGUUUGAAGAAUCUCGACUCGUCUCUACAGGCAAUGCCUAUUCUUGAGCAGGUCCAUGCACUCAUCAAGCACUAUGGACCUACUGUUUACUUCCAUCCUGACGAAAUUUACUUGCCCUCAUCCGUUCCAUGGUUUUUCUCAAACGGAGCUCUUCUAUUUAAAGAUGGUAAGGACAAUGGUAUUACUAUUGACGCGAAAGGCUCGAACUUGCCUGCAGGUGGACGAAAUGAUGGGAAAUAUUGGCUUGAUUUGCCUAAUAAAGAUGUUGAAAAUAGACAGACUGUCAAAUGUGGUAAAAUUGAGACCGCGGAGCUCUAUGUUCAUGUUAAACCGGCUGAAGGAGGAACGUGCACUGAUAUUGCAAUGUGGAUAUUUUGCCCCUUCAAUGGACCAGCUACACUCAAAGUAGGCUUGAUCAAUCUUUCACUGAAUAAAGUAGGCGAACACAUUUGUGAUUGGGAGCAUUAUACUCUUCGUAUUAGCAACUUCUCAGGGGAGCUCUGUAGUGUAUACUUCUCAGAACAUAGUGGUGGUGAAUGGGUUGAUGCUCGUGAUUUGGAGUUCAUCGAGGGGAACAAGUCAGUCGUAUAUGCAUCAAGAAAUGGCCACGCGAGUUUCCCACAUCCUGGAUGUUACCUUCAAGGCAAUACAAAACUUGGUAUUGGAGCAAGAAAUGAUUGUGCAAAAAGCAAAUACUAUGUAGACUCUAGCAGUAAGUAUCGAAUCAUCGCUGCUGAGUAUCUUGGAGAAGGAACUGUCGUAGAACCGCCAUGGUUACAAUACAUGAGGGAAUGGGGUCCAACCAUUGAGUACAAAUCGGGUUAUGAAGUGGACGAGAUACUCAAACACCUUCCAUCUUUUUUCAGAUUUUCAGUGGAGACUCUCGUCGAGCUAUUUCCAACUGAACUUUAUGGUGAAGCAGGGCCAACAGGACCUAAGGAGAAGAACAACUGGUUCGGGGAUGAAAGGUGGUAAGACAGAG